AUGCUUCGCAUCUGGAGACCAUCAGGGCAGGAGGUGGCUGCUUUCCCGCUACAUUUAGCACGGCGGAAGACAGUGAAAGAGCUGAAGAUAGAUUUGCAGGCGCUCGCUGCAAUCCCUUGGUAUCGGAUGAGACUGGUGCAUGGCUGCAACAUUCUGGAUAAUGAGUUCAUGGAUGUUUGCAUGGCCAUAGGCAUGUUUUCAUACUUCACGCGACCUGGCUACUCCACCAACUGCUACAGAGCAGAGGACCUGCUUGUCGACUUGCAGCUUCUUGUGAUUCCUUUUCGUGAACCAUCCCCUGUCCACGCGCACAUGUUUGUCGAGGCUGCAGGAUGGGGCCUUGAGUUCAGCGUGCGACGCAUGUUGGAAGAAUGCCAUGACCCAAACUUGGCCGCAGACUUGGGAGGUGAGCGCUUGACUGCUCUGCAGAAUGCAUCAAGGUGUGGCCUGGCGAGCACUGUGCGUCUCUUGCUGGAAGUUGGGGCACGGGAUUUGCCCUCUCAGCCAGCUCUUGUGGACGCAUCGCGCAAGGGGCAUGACGAUGUGGUGGACUUGCUAUUGGCUGCUGCUGGCAACAAAGAUCUAGCUUUGAAAGCUGCGGCUGAAGCCGGUCGUGUGCAAACCAUGCAAAGGAUCCUUGGGGCACCCGGCGGCCUAACGCCUGCAG